AUGGAUUAUUGCUCACCCACAGGUCUGUUCUGCACAGUGACGGCCGACGUGUGUUCGCCAACCACGUGCCAAAACGGAGGCACAUGCAUUGAUACUAUGGUUGGCUUCCUUUGUGUCUGCUCAGAUGACCCGGUUAUUUACACUGGCAUACAAUGUGAGCGUUUAUUUGACCCGUGUUUUGACAAAGAUUGCCCCAACUGCAUCAGCACUCCAGGAACCAAAAACUACACCUGCCUAUGUCCCUACGGGUUUGACGGACCCAACUGCACCCACAACAUCAACGACUGUGAGAGUAACCCCUGCAUGGGUGUCAAGAGCCACUGCGUGGAUGGAGUGAACAGAUAUUCCUGCCACUGUCCCAGUGGAUACAGUGGGGAUGAUUGCAGGACUAGGGUGCGAGACUGCUCAGAUGAACCGUGCUACAAUAAUGCCACUUGCGUGUGGGCACCAACUGGGUAUGAGUGCCAGUGUGCCCGGGGUUUCCAGGGCCAACACUGUGAAGAUGAUAUUGACGAGUGUCUGUCGCAGCCCUGCAAGAAUGGUGCCAUCUGUCAGGAUGGUAUUGAUGUGUACUACUGCUACUGUGUGCCUGGUUUCCAAGGCUACCACUGUGAGAUUGACAUCAACGAGUGCGCCUCACAACCCUGUGAGAACAAUGGGACGUGCAUCAACGGGAAGGACCGCUACAUUUGCGACUGUCUGCCUGGGUUUACUGGUGUGAAUUGUGAAGUUGAGAUUGAUGAAUGUGAAGUGGCUCCAUGUCAGAACGGCGCCACCUGUCACGAUCAUGUGGGACUGUACACAUGUGAGUGUGAACCUGGAUAUGAAGGCAUUUACUGUGAACUCAACAUCAAUGAGUGUGAAAGUUCACCCUGCCAGCAUGAUGGUCUGUGUUUGGACAUGGUCAACAGCUUUGAGUGUGACUGCAGUGGCACUGGAUUUGUGGGCUCUUUCUGUGAAGAGGAUAUACCUGAGUGUGCAUCUGACCCCUGUCAGCAUGGUGCGACCUGCCAGGAGGGAGUUAACCAAUACACCUGUCUCUGCUGGCCAGGUUACAUAGGUGGGAACUGUGAGAUUGAUGUGAACGAGUGUGAAACUUGGCCGUGUGAGAAUGACGGUGAAUGUUUCCAGCGAUCAGACUCCAGUCACUACAGAGUUCUGCCUGAACUGGACACCGACUUCAGCUAUGAGAAUGCAGCCGGAUUCCUGUGCCACUGCAUCGCUGGAUUCACAGGUGAAAACUGCUCAAUUAAUGUGAAUGAAUGUGAGUCUAUGCCGUGUGAAAACGGAGGCACCUGUGAGGAUCUCAUCAAUGCAUAUCAGUGCUCAUGUCCUCCAGGAUUCACAGGUGUUGUGUGUGAGAUCAACAUUGAUGAAUGUGAGAAUGAACCGUGUCAGAAUGGAGCCCAAUGUGAAGACGGCAUUAAUGACUACAUAUGCCAAUGUCCUCCUCCUGCGCUUGACCAGCUGCCCUGGGGCGGCCAUGACUGUAACAUCACACUGACCGGCUGCAUGGAUGACCCCUGCCAAAACGGUGCCACCUGUAUACCUUCACUGCAAGGCGAUGAGCACCAGCACACCUGUCGGUGCACUCCUGGUUUCUACGGUGACAAAUGUAAAAUGACCACAACCUUCUCCUUCUCUAGAGGGGGUUAUAUGGUCGUCGAAGUUCCACAUAGUAACAGGACUCGCAGGCAAGCUGGAUUCCUGGGGCCAAGUAUCCAACUGCGGUUUAGGACGACCUUGCCUGAUUUAAUUCUCUUCUACAGAGGAAGCCAAGAACAUUUUUUCAUACUGGAGCUAAUUGGUGGAAAUCUCAACUCGAGAGCUGAAUCAGGAGACUUGAAACUCGCUGUGACACUGAAGGGUAAUUUCAGCGAUGGACUCUGGCAUGAAGUUUUGGUUACUGUGGAUGAGAGGUUAAUUCUGACCCUGCUGGCAGAAGACGAGACCAAAGCUGAGGAUGAAGGUCACAACCAGCUUCUCUCCUUCCAGCCACAUGGUUUGGAGAAAGUGUACAUUGGUGGAGUUCCAGAGGAGUACUUGAACAAAACCGCAACCAGGACGGGAUUUGUUGGCUGUUUUGAGGAUCUGCUGAUAGAUUCUCAGCCAGUCCUUCCGCAACACCUCAGUCCAGAGCAGGCCGUGGACAUUGAGGUGGGCUGUGAGAAGACAGAAUGGUGUCAACCAGACCCCUGUUCUGAUCGCGGUCACUGUGUAGACCUGUGGUCGGACUAUAAGUGUGACUGUCACAGGCCGUUUCAUGGACACAACUGUUCAGAAGAGUACUCUUCAUGGACAUUCAGUCAUGAGCGCAACAGAAGCUUUGCUGCUUUUCCCAUCAUGCAGAAGCACAGCGGCAAUAUCACUGUGUCAUUUUGGCUGAAAUCACGCCAGUUAAAUGGUCUGAUCUUUCAACUGAAACGUCAGAAUGAAGCUUACCUCACUGUUGUUCUAAGAAAUGGCUCAAUAUAUAUUGCAAUAUACAGCUCCAUGAGAAUGACCUCCAACGUCAUAACCAACGGGGAAAAGGUGUUUGUGGCUAUUGAAAAACAUCAAGGCUUUAUAUUCUUUAAUAAAGUACAGAUUUUUGCCCCUAGAGAGUUUAAUAAUUUUGAGAUAGAGGCAGGGGAUGUGGCGUAUCUUGGCGGGCUUCCUGACGGAGAGGACACCGCAAAGUGGAAUGGAUACUUUAAAGGCUGUCUGCAGGACGUCCGCAUAGAUAACACACAACUGUACAUGUACUCAGGGAGCAUCAGCCAAAAACCACAACAUCCAAGCUACUUACCAAGAAAUUCAUCUAAUUUGCUGGAGCAUUGUGUUAGCGACCAAAUGUGUAAGAUGAGACCUUGUCAGAAUGGAGGAAAAUGCCAGGACAUUUGGAAUGACUUUGAGUGUUCCUGUCCUCUGAACUACUCUGGGAAGACGUGUGACACUCGCGUGUGGUGUGUUAGUGAUCCGUGUGUCUUUGGGAGCAAAUGUGUGGACUUACCUGAUGGGUAUGAGUGUUUAGCCAAUGCCACCUUCAAGAACAAUGCUUUGAAGUACAGUGCCAACGGCUCCUUAUAUGUCUCUGUGACAACCAUCUCAAUGGAGCUGCGAACCCGUGAGGAGAACGGAACGCUGGUACGUGCCUCCAACAAUCUGGAAUUCUUCUGCAUGGGCCUUCUGAAUUCCUCCCUGAUUGUGAAGUUUCGCAAGGCUAACAGUCUGGAAGUGCUAUCUUUCACCAGUGAGGUGCCUGUUUCGGACGGUGAAUGGCACCAAGUGAAGCUCUCCGUGUCCAGCUCGCGCAAUGCAGUGCCUCGUUGGCGUCUCACUGUGGAUGGGCAAGAAGCCCACUACAUGCUGGCAUCCGCUGGCAACAUGGACUUCUUCAACCACUCCAUAGUGUGGUUGGCCGAGAACUAUACCGGCUGUUUGGGUGAGGUACGAAUUGGUGGGGUAUAUUUACCAUUUGUUGGAAGCCUCGAGGAGGAAGCACCACAAACCUCUCAAUUCAUCCGAGUUGGCGAGGUGGCAGCGCCUCAGCUGGGAUGCACCAGCACCCACUUGUGUCUUUCUGAGCCUUGCCAGAACAAUGGCAGAUGCCAGGACCUCUUCAAUCUCUUUGAAUGUGAAUGUGCCCCGGGAUGGAUGGGCGAUCGCUGCCAGGAUAACAUCAACGAGUGCAGCCAAGAGCCCUGCAUCCAUGGAAGUUGCAGGGACCUACCGGGGGACUACAUGUGUGAGUGCGCCCCUGGCUAUGGUGGCAAUCACUGCCAUGUUGAGGUGGACAGGUGCCAGGACCAUCGCUGUGAGAAUGGUGGCUCCUGUUUGCAUACAGUUGACGGAUACACCUGCAUCUGUCCACCUGAUCACUCAGGCCCAUUCUGCCAAUGGCAUUGUGAGGUGGAUGUGCAAUGUGAAAAUGAAGGCGUGUGCACCAAUGGAUUCUUGGGAGCAAACUGUACCUGCAAACCUGGGUUCACUGGAGAGAGAUGUGAAGUGGAUAUAGACGAGUGUGAGUCAAACCCCUGCCUUAAUGGAGGCACCUGCCUGAACAGACAGAACUUAUACCUCUGCGAGUGUGUGUCCGACUUCACUGGAGACAACUGUGAGAAUACCAAGCCACUGCAGAGGGAAAGUGUGCCAUGGCUGGUGGUUGCCAUCCCAUUGGCAUGUCUUGGUACUCUAUUGGCACUGGUGGUGCUGGUUUGCAUGGUUCUCAGCGCCCGGAGAAAACGACAGUCGGAGGGUAUGUACAGCCCAAGUCAACAGGAAGUAGCUGGAGCCAGACUAGAGAUGGGCAGUGUGCUCAAAGUGCCUCCAGAGGAGAGACUGAUCUGACAAACAAACAGCUAAACUGGUUCUGCUGAUGGUUUCAGCUGGUCUUACUAGUACAAGGUCACUUACAGUGGCAUUACAAAGUGACAAAGACAACAUGUGUUGCUUUUAUGUGUCAAGGCACGUUGUGCAAAGCUACGUGUGCCUUCAUGACAUGGGAGACAAACUACAGUCACUUUACCCACAAUGAGUAGGAAAUUAGUGGGCUACUUCAACUGCGUCAACAUGGAUGGAGCACCACUUGUAUGUAAUUGUUUUGUACAACUGUGACGAUAAUUCCAAUGAAAGGAAAGCGUAGAGGUAUGAAGUGUCAGAAACUAUGACAUUGGUUCUUCACUUCAAGACACUCUUCUUCGCCACAAAAGCAAAACGCUGUUACUUCAUCAGCAAUGAAACUGAAAACAAUGGCUUCAAAGUAGGUUUUAGUGUGGAUUUUGGAGUUACUGCAAUUUUCACACCCUGUUUUUUUUUCUUUCUGAAUUGGAACAUA